AUGACAACCACUAUACAGACCGACUGGAUCCGCAUGCUGCCGCCAGAAUCCAAGCAAUGGACGACGCCACAGUCCAAAAUCGACGCCCUCGACCUCGUCUCCGUCCGGCUGCCUACACCAAACAAAGGCGAAGUCCUCGUUAAGAUCCACGCCAUCAGUCUGAAUUAUCGUGACGUGCAAGUAUGCACCGGCAAAUACGAACACUCUAGCUCGCUUCUACCGCCGCGACUGGGCAUCAUGGCCGAUAAACCAGCCCCCGAGACAAACCUCGUCCCUUGCUCUGACAUGUGCGGCACCGUGAUCCUCUCGCAAGAUUCCAAGAUCAAACAAGGCAACCGCGUAAUCGCCCUCUUCCAUCAGAGCUUCCUCGACGGCGCUAUGGACGAGCACGAUGCCGAAUCUACACUUGGAUACCCGCUUCAUGGCGUCCUUGCGCAGUACAAAGUGUUCCCGGCCACCAGCAUCGUGCCUGUCCCCAAAUAUCUCUCAGCCCAAGAAGCAAGCUGCUUACCGCUGGCUGCCCUCGCCGCCUGGUCUAGUUUGGAAUCUGUCAAGUUUGCCAAAACCGUGCUCUUGCAAGGCACAAGCCCUGUAUCAAUAGCAGGUCUGCAGCUCGCCAAGGCUACAGGUCUACAGACUGUCGUGACAGCGCCUUCAGAGGACCACGUCAAGCGCGCGCAGGAGCUUGGUGCAGACACUGUAAUUAAUCACCAGACACAUUGGGAAUGGCAAGACGCAGUGCUCGACGCAACGGACAAGAAGGGCGUCGAUGUCAUCUUGGAAACGGGCAGCACGCGCACGCUGCGUAAGAGCUUUGCGUGUGUUGCGUUUGGCGGACAGAUUCACGCGGUGGGCAACUCAGCUGGCACUGAGGAUGAUGGCGAUGACGGUGGCGAUGAGAAGGGCAAGGCGAAGACGCCGCAGCUACAUCGGUUGAAUGUGGGCGGGUUGGCGUUGAAGAGGAACGCGACGCUGCGGGCCGUUUUGGGUGGCAGCCGCAAGCAGAUGCUGGAUAUGUUGGCAUUUUAUGAGAAGAAUAAGAUUAAGCCCGUCGUGGGUAAGGUCUUUAAGUUUGAAGAGGCAAAGCAGGCGCUUGAGUAUGUGGCCAAGGGCGAAGGGUUUGGCAAAGUGGUUAUCACUCUGGAAGAGAGUGACGAUGAGAAGAAGGAAUAA